AUGGACACCUUUGUCCAGCUCGCAAGACGAGCGGACGAUGACAACCCGCAAAAUGCGUCCAAUUCGGCGUCCGGCCUUGUGUCGACCCUAAUUCCCACCCUCAUCAUUUCGGGGGCGAUGCUCUUGCUGUUUGUAAUCCUGCGCCGCAGUGAACGCAGACAGUAUGUCCCCAGGACAUACAUCGGCGCUUUGCGCGAAGAGGAGCGCACUCCCGCUCCUGAACCGGGCUUUUUGGGCUGGAUCUGGUCCAUGAUGAAAUUGCCCGAUACCUACGUGCUUCGCCAUCACUCCAUUGAUGCGUACUUGCUCCUUCGCUACUUGAAAAUUGCCACUACAAUUUGCUUCGUCGGGUGCUUGAUCACCUGGCCCGUCCUCUUUCCCGUCAAUGCCACUGGAGGAGCGGGAAAACAGCAAUUGGAUAUGUUAAGUUUUGGAAAUGUUACCGGAAAUCUUAAUAGAUACUAUGCUCACACAUUCAUUGCUUGGAUUUUUAUUGGGUUUGUCUUCUUCAUGAUUACUCGCGAAAACAUCUACUUCAUCAACUUGCGCCAGGCAUAUUUCUUUUCCCCGCUCUAUGCCAAUCGUAUCUCUUCCAAGACCGUUCUUUUCACCUCUGUACCUGAUGAGUAUCUUGAUGAGGCUCGAAUCCGCAAGAUGUAUGGGGAGGAUAAAGUUAAAAACGUCUGGCUUGUUCCCGUUGUGGAUGAUCUUCAAAGCAAGGUUGAAGAACGAGAUGGAGCAGCCUUCAAACUUGAAGGCGCGGAAACUAAACUAAUCAAGCUUGCAAAUGCUGCCCGUCUUAAGGCUACAAAAGGAACGCCCAGUGACGAAGAAGCCCAAAAAGCCAUUUCAACCCCCGAAACGAAUGCAGGUGAAGAGUCUGGCUCAGUGGCAGCUAAAUGGAUCAAGCCUUCGCAGAGACCCACUCACCGACUCAAGAUGCUCAUUGGCAAAAAGGUCGACACUAUCAACUGGGCUCGUGGAGAGAUUGGACGUUUAAAUCCUGAAAUACAAGCUCUGCAGUCCAAACUUCGUGCUGGUGAUGCCGAACUUAUGUCCUCUAUUUUUGUUGAAUUCUACACGCAGAAUGACGCACAAGCCGCUUAUCAAAUGGUUGCGCAUAACCAGCCCCUGCACAUGGCUCCACGCUACAUUGGUUUGAACCCUAGCGACAUCAUCUGGUCGAAUUUGCGUAUCAAAUGGUGGGAACUCAUUAUUCGCAACGCUGCCACUAUCGGUUUCGUCGUAGCAUUGAUCAUCUUUUGGGCAAUCCCCGUCGCUGCUGUCGGUGCUAUAUCCAACAUCAACUUUCUUACCGACAAGGUUCCAUUCCUAAGCUUUAUUAAUGACUGCCCAAAGUUGAUUCUCGGUCUCAUCACCGCCUUCCUGCCUGCUAUCCUCUUGGCUGUUCUCAUGGCUUUGUUGCCCAUUGUGCUUCGGCUCAUGGCAAGACUCGGGGGUGUACCAACCACCGCUGCCGUUGAAUUGAGGACCCAGAAUUUUUACUUUGGUUUCCAGGUCGUUCAAGUCUUCCUUGUCACAACCAUUGCCUCCGCUGCAUCCAGUGCUGUUACGAAAAUCAUCCAAAAGCCACAAGAAGCCGCUUCGUUACUCGCUGAGAAUAUCCCGAAAGCUUCAAACUUUUAUAUCGCUUAUUUCAUCUUGCAGGGCUUGACUUUCAGCUCCGGCGCUCUCUUACAGGUUGUUGGUCUGAUAGUUUCGAAGAUCUUAGGCAAGCUUUUGGAUAAUACGCCCCGAAAGAUGUACAAGAGAUGGUCUACCCUGUCUGGUUUAGGCUGGGGAACUGUCUUCCCUGUUCUCACCAAUCUUUGUGUUAUCGCAAUCACCUAUGCUGCAAUCGCUCCUUUAGUCCUUGGUUUCGCGACUGUCGGCCUUUAUCUCUUCUAUAUCGCUUAUAGAUACAACAUGCUUUAUGUCACCAAUGCCAACAUCGACACAAAAGGGAUGAUUUACCCUCGAGCAUUGCAGCACACAACCGUUGGCUGCUAUCUUUUGAUCAUCUGUCUUAUUGGCCUAUUUGCUAUUGGAACUGCGUCUGAUCGCAGCGCCUUGGGUCCUAUGAUCCUUAUGAUCAUUUGCGGUGUCUUUACGGUUAUAUAUCACCUCUCGCUGAACCAAGCCAUAACGCCUUUGCUCAACUACCUACCCAAAAACUUGGAAACCGAAGUCACAAGCCCACUACUUCAUGAGCCUGUGCGCCAUGCAGCUGGUCCCAGUGGAGAAGCGGACGGCGAUCCUGAAAAGGGCAUAUCAAAUGGUGCCUCUGCCGAGCCCGAAUUGCCGAAAGCCAAUCCUAUUGUCAAAUUUUUCCAACCGCAGAAAUACGCUGACCAUAAUACUUUGCGAAACCUUGUUCCUCACGAUUUUGCUGAUACCGUUUAUCCACCUGAAGUUGAGCAAAAUGCGUAUUACCAUCCGUGCAUUGGCUCAACGCCACCACUUCUUUGGAUUCCACGUGAUGCUGGAGGCGUAAGUCGACAAGAAGUUGCGCAUACAUCACAGGUUAUCCCCAUCACUGAUGAAGAUGCCUCCAUUGAUGAUAAUGGUAAAAUCACAUGGAAUCAAGACAAAGGCGUCCCACCAAUCUAUGAGGAGAAGAUUUACUACUAA